AUGCCAGCUCCAUUUGAACAAGGUUCCGAAAAGAAGGGUGCUACUUUAUUCAAGACCAGAUGUUUACAAUGUCACACUGUUGAAGAAGGUGGUCCACACAAGGUUGGUCCAAAUUUACACGGUAUCUUUGGUAGAAAAUCCGGUUUAGCUGCUGGUUACUCUUAUACUGAUGCUAACAAGAAGAAGGGUGUUGUUUGGUCUGAACAAACCAUGUCUGAUUAUUUGGAAAACCCAAAGAAGUAUAUUCCAGGUACUAAGAUGGCCUUUGGUGGUUUAAAGAAACCAAAGGACAGAAACGAUUUAGUUACUUACUUAGCUUCUGCUACUAAAUAA